GUGAGCUACGUGAACGGAAACUUGGUGAGACGGCGGAUAACCGCCACCGACAGCAACACCUACAUGGCAACGUUCGCUUCGGAGAUCGCCCUGAUCGAGGCCGACAAGGAAGCGGACAAAAAGUACCGAGAGCUGAUUCUCGAGGCGGAGAACAUUCUGGUGAAUAUGCAAAAGAACCAAGCCAGCAGCCUGUCCGUCGUACCGUCGCCCUCGCGCAAGUUACACAACGGGCUGGCGAACAAGCGGGUCGAACUCAUCAAGAACACAGAGUUGAAUAUCGAGCUGGCCCUCUCCAGGAGCAGAAACUCCCAGCCGGAAUUGCAGAGCGGCAGCAUCAAGGAUCUCGAGCACACCAGUCCCAAGAGGCAACAGUUUGCUCAACCUUGUUCCCCGAUGCGACGAUUCGUCGAGCGAAACAACGCUUCCUCGCCGGUAGCCGGCGCAGCAGCCACGUUCCAAUCGGCUGGUUCGAUCAAGUGCUCGGUCGACUCUCCUCUCGUCUCGAGAAGGACGACAGCGAUGGCGGCGGUGACGAACAAUCAACAACAUUCGCCGGACAGAAGCUUCCUUCUUCGUGCUCGGUCGAGAGCUUGCGAGACUCAAGAUGCCGACGAUUACGACGGACGGCGAAUAACCACGCUGGCAACGUCGACCACCGCGUCGGUGAACGCGCCAUCGGCAGUGGCGAUGUUCAACUGCAACGGUGGUGUCAUCCUCGGUUCGAGCGCGAACCGAUGCCAAACCUCGGCCACCUCGUCGCGCAGAGAUCAUCCUCUCCCCGGGGUAAAUCGGAAAGAAUUUCGCGGCGCGAGAUCAUCGUGCAACGCUGUGACCAAGGAGGAGACGGUGACGUCGAGUUCCUCGGACUCGGAGGAAAGGACGUUGGACGUUGGAAGACGUGCGCCACUAAUGACUUUCAGGUCGGUCGACAUGGGCCCCAUAAAAGAAGGGUCCUCCUACUGUCCGCAAAGCGAGCCGGUCAAGAGGAAAGUGUACGCAGGCAGCGCGACCUACGACAGGAUACAAAAAACUUUAGGCGAGCACGUCGUCUUGAGAAACUCGGACGGGGAUACCACCACCGACGACACCGACGACUCGAGAAGAUCCCUGAAAGAGAAAGUGGCCAAGCUUCGGCAGGAACGGUUGGCCGCCAACACCUGCGUAAACGCUCAAGACUCGCACAUGUUCCAACACCAGCUGACCCAACUGCGGCGACAAAUGCUGAUGCAAACGAUCGAAGGCCUGAAGCGAAGUCUCGAGGAUCAGUCCGCAACCUUGAAGCAAACGUGCUUGGAACCGGUAAUGACGGAUCGAUUGCCAUGAAUCGAUCGCAACGUUUGAAACAACCGACAACACUCCCUCCUCGUAGAAUCGGCUCGCGUUUGCCAAAUCUCUGGCAGGUUACGUCGCUCUGCUAGGAUGACGACGACGACGACGACG